AUGGCGUCGGAUCUUCAAAAGCAGGUUGGCCAGCUGUUCGCGGUGGGGUUCCAUGGCUGCACCCCAAGUCCAGAAAUCAAGACUUUGAUCCAUGACUACCACGUCGGCGGUAUUGUUCUCUUUGCGCGGAACUUUGAUGAUGCAGUCCAGCUUCAGGCCUUGACGGUAGCGUUGCAAAAUGAAGCCAAAGCGGCUGGGCAUGAGCGACCGCUGUUCAUCGGCAUUGACCAAGAGAAUGGGUUUGUCACUCGAAUCUCUCCUCCGAUCGCUGCCCAGGUCCCUGGACCUAUGGCCCUGGGCGCAACGCAUGACCCGGAGUGUGCCUACAGUGCGGGGAAAGCCACUGGGGAAACCUUGAGCUUCUUCGGCAUCAACAUGAACUAUGCCCCGGUCGGAGAUAUUAAUUCCGAGCCUCUGAAUCCCGUGGUUGGUGUGCGCAGCCCAGGCGACGAUCCUGAAUUCGUCGGACGCUUUGCGAGCGCAGCUGCGCGGGGUUUGCGGGAACAGAACAUCAUUCCCAGCAUCAAGCAUUUCCCGGGCCAUGGCGAUACAGCCAUUGAUUCGCAUUAUGGGUUGCCGGUGAUCCCGAAGACUAGAGAUCAGUUGGAGCGCUGCGAGCUGAUUCCAUUCCGGCGGGCUGUGGCCGAGGGAAUAGAGACUGUCAUGACUGCUCAUAUCUCGCUACCAUGUAUCGAUCUGACUCGCCCUGCAACUCUUUCCCCAAAUUUGAUGGGUAUUUUGCGGAAGGAUAUGGGCUACGACGGCAUGAUCAUCACAGAUUGCUUGGAAAUGGAUGGUAUCCGGUCCACGUACGGCACCGAAGAAGGCUCAGUGCUGGCUCUACGCGCUGGCAGUGAUAGCAUUAUGAUCUGUCAUACAUAUGAGGUGCAGGUAAACUCGAUCAAGAAAGUCUGUGAAGCUAUCAAAGCUGGCACAAUUGAGCAAUCACGAUUGGCGGAUGCUUGUCGCCAUGUUGUCACUGUGAAAGACAAGUUUUUGAACUGGGAUAGAGCACUGAAACAAAGCAACCUUGGAGAGCUCAGCCUGCUCAAUACAAGAAUUACCGAAACAACUAUGGACAUAUACUCUCGGUCAACAACCCUUGUUCGGGAUAAGUCUGGCACUCUUCCACUGUCAAAGACUUCCAUUAUCAUCUUCCUCUUCCCCGGAGACAAGACUCCGGCAGGUGGUGCAGUUGAUGGCGAAGGAAUGGGACGACAAGGAUCAUACCAGUCCACUCGGUAUCUAGAUGUUCUACGACAGCACAACAACUCAAUUGCCGAAAUUCGAUACGGAUUAUCAGGCUUAACGCCGGAACAAUGGCAAGUGAUCGAGGUUGCAGAUGCUGUCAUCUUCACAUCUCUCAAUGCGCGCGAAUCACCAUAUCAGGAAUCCCUUGGUCAUGAGCUUGCUGGACGCAUCAGCAACUUGGUACACAUUGCGGCUUGCAAUCCUUAUGACUUCCUUGAAGACCCCCAGGUCAAAACCUACAUCACCACAUACGAACCAACCAUCGAAGCGUUUUCUGUGGCUGCUGAUAUCAUGUUCGGUGCACUGAUACCCACUGGAGCCCUUCCAGUGGGGCCUAAUGCUUUGACCAAGACCUCGGCGACAGUAACGCCGUUCAACGCCGAGAAUGACUUGGAUGGAAUUCUGCACGUCUGGGCUGAGGCUUUACCGACCUACAAGCUGCCCGAAGACAGUCUACGCUCUCUGAUAGUUCGUCCUUACGGCCAUCAUUUCGUCGCUCGCCUUGGGUCAGAACUGGUAGGCUUUUGUUUGGCCUACACAAAUUCCGAAGGCGAGCCGAACACCGUUCACAUCGCUGUUCUCGCGGUAUCACCAAGCUAUCAACGCCAAGGUGUUGGAAUCGCUCUGUUGGAAGAAACACGGGCAAACGUUCGCGCCAAAUUCGGCAUCAAUAGUGUGAAGCUAGGUAGUUCAUUCCCUCGCUUCUGGCCUGGCAUUCCUCGUGAGCUGCCAGAAACUGUCCAGCACUUCUUUACCCAUCGUGGCUUCCGAUUAAGCCCGGAAGAUGCCCGGUCAGUUGACUUGUACCAAGACAUCCGCAACUUCCAAUCGCCCGAGAAGUACAUGACUCGGGCAAGGGAUCGAGGCUUUCGCUUUGCGCCAUUAAAAUCUGCAGACUACGAUGCCUGUCUUAUCGGCCAACGAAAGAACUUCUCUCAUAAUUCCAGUUGGGUACACGCCUACGUCACAUUACAUCCAGACAAAUAUCCUGACAGCGUGAUGGUCGCGUUCGACUCGGCAGGCCACCAAGUCGGAUGGACGUUGAUGCUGGAGCCAUCACCUGCCCUCUAUCACGUCUGGGCAUUCCCGCAAAUCUGCGGACCGAAGACGGGACUUAUUGGUUGUGUGGGAGUUGAUAAAGAUCAACGCAGCUCGGGUAUUGGUCUGGCAUUGGUUUGUCAUGCCGUUGAGAAUAUGAAACAGCGAGGCAUUGAGGGUGUCUUUGUAGACUGGGUUGCGCUGGAUGGGUGGUAUGAACAGGUUGGCUUUGAGACGUGGCGCAGUUAUAGACCCGGAGAGCUCUAG